ACUGAUCCAUUCACGCACAGGCACAAGCUAGCCAUUACUGUCGAAAACUGGGCAAAAAUAAUUCUACUGGGACAAAACGCACUUCUCUUAUUUGGAAUUACGUACAGCUCUCUCACUGAAGUGAUGUAAAUAAAGGAAGGAAGUUAGUUGGAUAAAAGCAGCUUUGGUUUGAUUCUGAGUCUCCGUGUUGAUUCCGUGGAGAGCAGCAGCAGCACAGACAUCCUUGCCGUUUUUUUUUUACUGUCGCCGGUGGACAGCUUUCUCUUCGUCUGAUAGAAUGGAUACGUGUAAAAUCUUUACCAUCGUUCUUCUACUGCUUUCAGUUGUCAACGAUGUUUCCACCGUGCAAUUUCCAACAUCUGUCAUUGUACAGGAAUGGGUGGAACAGAUGCAGAAGGAUUUGGUGUCUUUGAUUGAUGCUGAAAGUGGAGUUCAAAGUCUUAUUAAGAUCUUUCAGAACUACAAUAAACAUUACAUGGUGGAGCAUAAUAAUGCCAAGCAGUUGGUUGCCAGCGCCGCUAGCAACAUUGAGAAGCUCCUUCUCAAUCGCUCCAGAGCUCUAAAGAAUCUGGCUACAGCAGCAGAGGAGUUACAGUUGAAGCACCAGUGGCAAGAUGACUUUGAGGAGGGUGAUGUGUCAUAUUACAACGCCAAAGACAGUAAUGAAACGGAUGAUGAAUUUCCAAAUAAUAGAGUGAAACCAGAAUUUACAGAUGACCCAGAUUUUAAACGUGUGGUGUCCUUCAAUGACACCGCUGUUCACAUACCCACGGACAUCUAUGAGGGCUCCACGAUAAUUCUUAAUGAGCUCAACUGGACAGAUGCAUUGGUGGACACAUUUAGAAAGAACAGAGAAGAGGAUCCUACAUUGCUUUGGCAGGCGUUUGGCAGUGCAACUGGUUUGGCCCGCUAUUACCCAGCAUCUCCUUGGAUAGACAAAGAAAAAACACCAAACAAAAUUGAUCUAUAUGAUGUCAGACGGAGACCAUGGUACAUACAGGGGGCUGCAUCACCUAAGGACAUGCUGAUUUUGGUGGAUGCGAGUGGGAGUGUAUCUGGAAUGACACUGAGGCUGAUCCGCACAUCAGUCAACGAGAUGCUAGAAACUCUUUCUGAUGAUGACUAUGUCAAUAUAGUUUCUUUCAACGAAGAUGCUAAAAAGGCUGCCUGCUUUGACAACUUGGUUCAAGCCAAUGUCCGUAAUAAAAAGAUCUUGAAAGAUGCAGUGCAGAACAUUACUGCAAAAGGAAUCACCAAUUACAAGGAUGGUUUUGAUAUGGCUUUUCAACAGCUGUUGUCUGUAAAUCUGAAUGUGACACGUGCCAACUGUAACAAAAUCAUUAUGCUCUUCACGGAUGGUGGUGAAGAGAGAGCCUCAGAGAUCUUUGAAAAGUACAACCCAGAUAAGAGGGUGCGGAUAUUCACAUUUUCUGUGGGACAGCACAACUAUGACAAAGCACCUAUUCAGUGGAUGGCUUGCACUAAUAAAGGGUACUAUUAUGAGAUCCCAUCUAUAGGUGCCAUCAGGAUCAAUACACAGGAAUACCUAGAUGUGCUGGGGAGGCCCAUGGUGAAGGCCAAGGAGAAGGCAAAAAAAGUUCAGUGGACCAACGUUUACAUGGACGCUCUGGAGUUGGGUCAGGUGAUAACAGGAACACUUCCAGUCUUCAAUAAAACCAAAAUUAAAGAUAACAAAAAUAAAGGAAAGAGCCAGCAGAAUCAGCUAAUACUUGGAGUGAUGGCCGUUGAUGUGUCACUCGAUGACAUCAAGAGGCUGACACCACGCUUUACACUUGGACCAAAUGGAUACUAUUUUGCUAUUGAUCCAAAUGGAUAUGUUUUGCUCCAUCCAAACCUGAAGCCUAAGAAAACAACAUUCCAGGAAGCAUUGACACUGGAUUUCCUUGAUGCAGAGUUAGAAGAUGAGAUAAAAGUGGAUAUCAGAAGAAAUAUGAUUGAUGGUUAUACUGGUAAUCAGACAUUUACCACACUUGUCAAGUCCCAGGAUGAGCGCUAUAUUGACCGGGGUGUCAGAACCUACACAUGGGGCCAUGUUAGUGGUACUGACUACAGUUUAGCUUUGGUAUUACCAGAGUACAGUCUUCACUAUCUUCGUGCGGCGAUUGGAGAUACCAUUACCCAGGCCAAAUCAUGGACUCCCUCAGUAGACAUGGUUUCUGAGACGUUGCAGGUGGAAAAGUUCAGUGAAUAUGGAUUCACAUUCAUUGCACAAAGGGAGUACUGCACAGACUUGAAGCCCUCAAACAAUAACACAGAGUUCCUGAUCAACUUCAAUAAGUAUAUUGACAGGAACACACCCAACCACCCUCUCUGCAACAGUGCUCUGGUGAAUAAACUUCUGCUGGAUGCUGGUAUCACAUCAGAGCUGGUGAGGAAGUGGUCAGAACAAACACUGAGUGAGGGGGUGUCUGCUCGCUUCGUGGCUACAGAUGGAGGCAUCACAAGAGUUUACCCAAGCAGUGCUGGUCUUGAUUGGUCAGAGAGUACUUAUGAGGCAUAUGAGACACAUGACCCUUAUGAAGCAUUUAAGACAUACAAUAUGUAUGAUGCAUAUGAGUCAAGCUUCUACAAAAGGAGCUUGGACAACGACCUAUACAUAUUUACACCACCAGUCUACAACCCCCGCUACAAUGACACAGUUGAUUCAAUUCUAGUGAGCAGGGGUGUGGACCUCAACAUUAAUGGUGCCAAGCUCAAACCUGCUGUGGUAGGCGUGAAGCUUGAUGUUGAGACCUGGAUGGAGAAUUUCAUAAAUGCGACAGUGAAGACCAAUCCUUCAAUCUGCAAGGAUGAAAUCUGUGGCUGUCAAAGAAACGAUGAGUAUGUGGACUGUGUCCUCCUGGAUGAUGGUGGUUUCCUGAUCAUGGCCAAUCGUGAUGAUUACAUCAGACAGAUUGGACAGUUCUUUGGAAUUGUUGACCCCUCACUGAUGGUGAACCUGAUAAAUGCGUCUCUGUUCUCCUUCAAUAAGACCUAUGACUACCAGUCCACAUGUGAACCCCAUAAAGAAACCAAAUCUGCUGCUGGUUUGCGCUCUGUUUAUGUGCCCACCAUAGCAGAUAUAUUGCAUCUUGGUUGGUGGGCGUCAGCAGCAGCCUGGUCCAUAAUGCAGCAACUGUUUGUUUCGUUCACUUUCCCGAGUUUCUUAGAAGCAGUGGACACAGAUGAAGAGCUCUCUGAUGGAAUGUCUAAGGAAAGCUGUAUUAAUGAGCAGUCUCAAUACUUCUUUGAGAACAAUGAAACAUCGUUUAAUGGCAGCGUGGAAUGUGACACAUGCUCAAGGCAAUUCUAUGCAGAGAAACUCUUUGGAACCAACCUUGUAUUUGUUAUUGCCGAGGCCAAGCUGGCCUGCAUGUCAUGUGACCAAAAACCUCUCAUCCAAGGGAAGCAGCCCUCCGCUGGUCCAGAUCCCUGUGAACUAGCCCUGAAUCCACGCUACAGGAAAGGUCCAGAUGCAUGCUUCGACAACAAUUCAAGUGAGCAAGAUGUAGACUGUGGUGGAGUGUCUGGCUUGAGUCCUUCUAUGUGGGUCCUUGUUCUGCUGCAGCUGGCUCUGCUUGGGUUAUGGAAUGCCGCUGGAUACUGCGUAUCAUGACAACUGCUCAGUGACGCUCACAUGAUGUCCUUAGCAACUAUACCAAAAUAACAUAUUUCAUCCUGCCAUUUGUCAAAUAUUUCUCUUGCUGACUUAAACCUAUGGUUGGGGUUGAUGGCAGUGCUGAAAGGAAGGGAUACAAAGGAAACUGACCGAAAAUGUAACUUUCUGAGUAAUGGCUGAAUACUUGCCAAUGCCCAUGCCUUUUGAUGACUGAUAGUGGAUCAAUCCGUCGCUGGUUAGAUGUUUUGUGCUGGUGAAAAAUACUGAAAGCAUAGUCACUGCAGAACUGUGAUCUGAUAGCUGCCGUUUUAACCCUUAAGGGGAAGAUGUUCCAUAUACCUCUUAUCAUUUUCUUAUAUAUAACCACUAUCAGAACUAGGGCUGCCCUUUGCAUUUAAACGUACAUGACAUUUAAGAAUAAGAGUUCUUACAAAGGGUCAUUUAUUUUCCUGUUUUUGUUUGACAUGAUUAGUCUCAUGAAAAAAUAUAUGAGUUUGGUAUUCUGUGAGUUCCCAGUCUGAGGACAACCUGAUAAAUUGUGGACAAGAAGUGUGUUGAAAACAGAAGCUAACAAGGCAACACUUUUCCUGAAGGACACACCCAUAACCCCUGCCUUUAGCCAAAUAUUUUAAUUACUCCUUUUAUGUCCAUCCAUCUCCAGUUUGGCUUGAUUUGAGCUAUUAUUCCCACCUCCAUUUAGUUAAUAUUGUGCCAUGGCUGUCUUGUUCACUAUGCAAGCAUGUGUAUAGACAAUCAGAUAUUCAUGUUCCACCCACCACUAUCUGUUAUGACAGGGGACUUGGGUUAACGUAGUUAAACAAAAUGUGAAAUAUUUUCACUUCCUGAUCAAUGAAGCUUUACCUGAAACCUAUCAGGCCUCCAGUGCUCUAUUUCUGGUAUCUCUCUAUGCUAUUGAGUCUAUGGGUACCACUGUCUGCAGUUGUGGUCAGUUUACAUAUGCUCAUUAUGGACAUAAAAGCUAUGGCAAUAUUGGAUUUUCAGUGAUUUCUUUGAACCGUUCCUUUUUCUGGGGCAGGAUCAGGCUGGUUUCACCAGACCCAAUUACACUGUGAUUAGAGUCUGGACACUCUCCAUGGGGGAUUGUUUCUGCCCGUUGCAUUUUAAUGCGUUUAGACUUUGGGUACAUUUUGAAAACAUUGGACCACUAAGUGCAUGCUGAUAAUAUAAACCUUUUCACAAACCCUGUCCUUACCUCUUAUGCAUACAUUUAAACAUUAUUCUUGCUCCGGCUUCAUUUCUUUGAUGUUUGCUGGUGUUGCUUCUACUAAUUGUUUGUAUCCCUUCCAGCUCAACCAUUACUACAGCGACCCCUUGUGGUGGCUGAGCAAACCUUAACACCAACAGGUUUUCCAGACUGUAAUCUCAGUGAGAAAUGAACUAAGAGCAAGAGUUGGGAGUCUGGUAGAGUCAGAGUUGGCCGGAUCCAGGCUUGGGCAGAAUCAUUAUACAACAUACAUCUUCAAAAAUCUUGAAUUUAGUACCCAGGUUUUUAUUUAUUGUUUUUUUUUCUGAAAUCAACAAUAAUAUCCAUCCACAUGUAUACAUUAUCGAUCAUAGAUAAUAUUUGGUUAUAAUAUUUAAUAAAUGUCCCUCAGAUUGAUCAGAUGCUUUUAGUAGUUAGCAAGAAUCUUUUGGCAGAUGCUGGUUGGAUAUUGGACCACACACUAUUGAUAAGGUAGAGAUCAGGACUUUGGGAAGCCAAUUUUAUACAAUUACCAGCCUGUUUACCAAAACCAGAUUUUGUGUGAGCUUAGAAUCGUUGUCCUUUUAGAAUACCCAAUUCAGUGCCAAUUUCAACUGUCUAGUUGAUGGUCUCACGUUAUACUGAAGAAUUCUAAGGUAGUCCUCCUAUUUCAUUAUUCCCUCCACUUUGCUUAAUGCACCAGUUCCACUGAUGGUAAAACAGCCCCAGCGCAUGAUGCUACUAGCGCCAUUCUUAUCGUAAUACUUUCCUCUAUACACUGUGGUGGGACUUCUCUCUUGGACAACAGCCUUUCAGUCAAUGGAAGACUGUAGACAUUAACACUGGUACACCCAGUGUGUGCUUAUACAGAGAAGCUACCAGCUGUAGUCAAUGACAGCCUUUGCCCAGCAAAUAUAAGACAUUUUCAAACGUUCAGCACCACUGAAUUAAUAUAAGCAUUAUUAUUAAAGAUGUAUGUUGUAUAAUCGUCCUGCCUCAGAAGAAGAACACUUCCAUAUAAAUCAUUGAAAUCCCAAUGUUGCCAUGACAUUAAUAUUCAUGAAGAGUGUAACCACGACUAUAGGCAUCCCUUGAUGGGAUCAAUUGAAGAAACUAUUGCGGCAUCACAUUGCCACUUCACAUUGCUAGUGGUAGCCAGAUUGUGUUCUCUUACGGCCUCAUACAGCAUUGUUUCUAGUGUGUAGUCACACCUACUCCAACUGUCCACUGCCUGCUCAGCACUGCUGCUUUUGCCUCUGAUGCCAUUUAGACGAGUGAAACCAUUUCUUUGCUCAUCCUUUCCCAGCGUAACCUUCAGCUACACCAGAUGAAACGCUGAAACCAUAUUGAAGGUCAAACAAUUAUUAUAUAUAUAAUUAUUAUACUAUUAUAAUAUCAACCAAGAGUUCUAAUCACUUCUUUAAAACUGCACUGGAGUCAAAGAUUUGUAUCAGUUUCAUUCAGAUGGCUGAUGUGAGAUAUAAUGCUGCCUUGUAGACAGUUAUAACUUGAUGUUUUGAUGCUUUGAAUGCUCUCCAUGCUCCCAUGCUCCAUGUAGUGUGCCUGUGGAACUGAAGAAAGUUUGUUUUUAAAACUGUCUGUCAAAAUGAAGGAAUAGGUGCAUUGAUAUAUACAGCUCUUCCUGUUUUAGUAUAUUUAUUAAUGUAUUUAAUUGCCAAAUGUAAGAUUUGAACAUUAUUGCUUUGAAGUCUGAUGAUACAAUGUGUGUUGUUUAACCUGCGUUCCAUAUGGUACUUUGUUCAUAUCAGAUAUCAUCUUCUGAAAAUAACAUCAAUUGUCAUUUAAAGUGAGAACAUAACUACUGGCUACUGACUGACAAUGACUAUAAUAUUUUUCUUUUUAUGUUUCUUUGUGUGUUAUUCUAGUGAUAUGGGACAAAGCAUAACAUAUUUUUGUUGUAAAUGUUAUGACGGAUGAAUAAUGUAUUUAAGACAAUUUCCCUCUGUAUUGUUAUUAUCAUUAUUAUUAUUAUUAUUAUUAUUAAAAAAAUAUAUAUACAUUUAUUUUAUGAAAAACUUAUUGAAAAGUAUCACAUUUGUGUCUGCACAUUUUGUCAUCAUGUUCAGACAUUCAAUGUGAUAAAUUAGGCAAUACCAAGGGUCACAUUUUCAUUUGUUAUUAUGUUAAUUCAUAUGUGUUAAUGAAUUGCAGGUCAUAGCCUAUGACUCAUAGGUAAAAUGUUAGCUUCCUCCCAACAAGUUUGUGCUUGGAACAUGUAAAUGUUUUUUUUAUUUUUGAUGUCUGUUGACCUAAAAAGCUAAAAUGGACAUACAAUUAAAAAAUACAAAGGUUGGGAGGUUCUAUAAAAAAUAUCUAUGUGGAUUAGUAUAUGUUCAAUAUUUAUUGUUUUAUGUUUUGUCCCAUGUAUCAAGAUUUUUUUUUUCAAUAUUGAUAUUGUUUAUUGUAUUGUAGCUGUCUAAAACAUGUUUCAUUUAGUGUGCCUUGUGAUUUACACUGAACUGAUGAAUAUACACAUGUUGCAAUAUCUUUGUUGAGGUACUAAUCAUCUAAUUCCCACUGAGAACCUUUGGAAGACAGACCAAUUAUUAUAAUUAGUCUAUUAUGAUUAUGUGCCUCA